ACAGUGAAGUCUCCACUAAAACAGGUUUUUAAAGAAGAUAGGUAAAAAAAAACAAAACAAGAACCAUUCCCCUAUUCGUAAGCCAAGAUCAAUCUCUAACAGCUCAGAUCACAAUCCAUACCUAAUAAUAGACCACGAGAAAUCUUAUAUUUAAGAAGCUGACAAGCACCUAAGUUUUGGAUCACAAGCUCUCAAGUGUUUGUUUGAAUAACAAAGCAAAAGGCAAUAACUACUAAUAAAGCAAAUAAUUUAAUAAGUGAAGAAUGGCUGGAGGAGCCUUUGUAUCAGAUGGUGGUGGUGGAGGAAGCUAUGAAGGCGGAGUCACCGGCUUUGUCAUUAUCACAUGUAUUGUGGCCGCCAUGGGAGGUCUCCUCUUCGGUUACGACCUCGGAAUCUCAGGAGGAGUUACAUCAAUGGAGGAGUUUUUGAGCAAGUUUUUCCCUGAAGUGGAUAGGCAAAUGCACAAUGCUAGGCGCGAGACUGCUUAUUGCAAAUUCGAUAACCAACUGCUCCAGUUGUUUACGUCCUCACUUUACCUUGCGGCCCUUGUCUCUUCCUUUGCAGCUUCAGUUGUGACUAGGAAGUACGGACGCAAAAUCUCCAUGUUUGUUGGAGGGCUUGCUUUCCUCAUUGGUGCUCUAAUCAACGCAUUUGCAGUGAACGUUGCAAUGCUCAUCAUUGGUAGAUUGUUGCUUGGAGUCGGUGUUGGGUUCGCUAAUCAGUCUACUCCGGUUUACCUCUCAGAGAUGGCUCCUGCCAAGCUAAGAGGAGCACUCAACAUAGGAUUUCAAAUGGCUAUUACUAUCGGGAUCCUAAUUGCAAAUCUUAUCAACUACGGAACAUCUCAAAUGGCUAGGAACGGAUGGAGGGUGUCUUUAGGUCUAGCUGCUGUUCCAGCAGUUGUGAUGGUAAUAGGAUCUUUUGUCUUGCCAGACACACCAAACUCAAUGCUCGAGAGAGGCAAGUAUGAACAAGCGAGAGAGAUGUUACAAAAGAUUCGUGGAGCUGAUAAUGUGGACGAGGAGUUUCAAGAUCUUUGUGAUGCUUGUGAGGCUGCUAAAAAGGUGGAACACCCUUGGAAGAACCUUUUCCUACAAGCUAAAUACAGACCUGCUCUUGCUUUCUGUUCUGCGAUACCCUUCUUCCAACAGUUCACUGGUAUCAAUGUGAUCAUGUUCUACGCUCCUGUUCUCUUUAAAACUCUCGGUUUCGCUGAUGAUGCCUCGCUCAUCUCUGCGGUUAUUACCGGUGUGGUCAAUGUUGUCUCUACCCUUGUCUCCAUCUAUGCGGUUGACAGGUAUGGAAGAAGGAUUCUAUUCCUUGAAGGUGGCAUCCAAAUGAUCAUUUGCCAGAUCAUUGUUGGUAGCUUGAUCGGUGCGAAGUUUGGAACCACAGGAUCAGGGACCUUGACACCUGCAACAGCAGAUUGGGUGCUAGCUUUCAUAUGCCUAUAUGUUGCAGGAUUUGCAUGGUCAUGGGGUCCAUUAGGAUGGUUAGUACCAAGUGAGAUAUGUCCGUUGGAAAUCAGACCAGCGGGACAAGCCGUCAAUGUUUCUGUCAACAUGUUCUUCACUUUCCUCAUUGGACAAUUCUUCCUAACGAUGCUUUGUCACAUGAAGUUUGGUCUCUUCUACUUCUUUGGAGGUAUGGUUCUGAUCAUGACCAUCUUCAUCUACUUCUUGUUGCCGGAGACAAAAGGGGUUCCUAUUGAAGAAAUGGGAAGAGUGUGGAAGCAGCAUCCGUUCUGGAAACGUUACAUUCCUGAUGAUGCUGUUAUUGGAGGAAGUGAAGAGACUUCUGUCAAGGAGGUUUGAGAUUUUCAAGAAAAGUCUAGGCAUUGGUUUUUUUGCUUAGCCGUUGGUGUUUUGGUUGCUUUUUCAAGAGAAUAAGCCAACAAGAUGUGAGAAUCUGCAGGCCGAGAGGACAAGAUGAAGAAGAAUGGAAACUGUUAAAAAAAAGUUUUAUUGUUGAAUUCUUUUACUUGAUUCAAACCAAUAAAUUCAAUCAGAUUUUUCUAUUUUGCAUGUA